AUGUUUCCAUUCAAAUUAGGGCUUUUCGCGGUCAUCAUCUCCAUCUUCUUCCGUGUCCCAGUCGAAUCCAAGUGUUCCAAAGGCUGUGACUUAGCCCUAGCUUCGUACUACGUAUGGCCCGAAUCGAACCUCACCUUCAUCUCCAAAGUGAUGAGCGUUCAAAUCAGUGAUAUUCUCAGCUACAAUCCUCAAAUUCCAAACCAAGACAGUGUUCAAUCCGAUAUACGAAUCAACAUUCCCUUUCCCUGCGAUUGCAUCAACGGCGAUUUCUUCGCUCACGUGUUCAAGUACACGUUUAGGGUUGAUGAUAUAUACGAGAAGGUCGCUGGCAAGUACUAUGCCAACCUGACCACGACGGAGUGGGUUCAGAAAUUCAAUAGCUAUGAUCCGAAUCGGAUUCCCGACGGUGCGCAGAUCAAUGUCACUGUGAAUUGUUCAUGCGGCGACAGUUCGGUUUCGAAGGUUUACGGGUUGUUCAUGACGUACCCUCUUCGGCCGGAGGAUAGUUUGGAUUCUAUUGCUACUGAGACGAAUUUGACUACAGCUGUGUUGAAAAGUUACAACCCGGAUGCGAAUUUUAGUGCGGGGAGUGGUCUGGUUUACAUUCCGGCCAAAGGUGAAGGUUUUGUUUUGAUUGGAAUGGGAAAAUUUUAG